AUGCUGAUUGCGACACGAAAUUUCUUCCUAUCUCUUCUCUUAAUAUCCUCACUCUUUUGCCAAACCCCCCUUGCCAAGUCGUCUCUCCCAAUCUCGGAUUCUCAAGUGAGGAAGAACAAGAUUCAGUGCUACGCUGAUAUUGAUAGUGGGUUGUGGGGUUGGUCAUGCAAAUCAUCAACUGUAGCGAGGGAGAAUUGUGCUCUGCGAUGCCUUUCACCAGCUUGUUAUGAGCUCAUCUAUGAGAGUGACCCGCUUGAAGAAGGAGAAAUAGACUUGAUUCGGAGCCAAGAGUACAAGUACUGCAUGCAUAAGUUGUCCGUGGGGGAGAGCCUUGAGGGUGUGAAGGGUGCCUUUAGCAACUAA